GGCCAGGCCUGCAGGGGCGGGGCCCGGGCGGUGGGCCGGGGUCUGCGGCGGACCGGCGGCGGCGGCGCGGGGCCAUGGCGGCCGGCGAGACUAAGGCCGGCGGGCGGGCGCUGCGCGCGGCGCAGGCGGACGACGUGGCGUCGGCCUCCAACUUCCGCGCCUUCGAGCUGCUGCACCUGCACCUGGACCUGAGGGCCGAGUUCGGGCCGCCGGGGCCAGGCCCGGGCAGCCGCGGGCUGAGCGGCUCGGCGGUGCUGGACUUGCGCUGCCGGGCGCCCGGCGGCGCCUCGGAGCUGCGGCUGGACUCGCACCCAUGCGUGGAAGUGACGGCGGCGGCCCUGAGGCGGGGGCGGCCGGAGCCGGAGCCUGAGCCGCUGCAGGUGUGCACGCAGCCGUUCUCGCAGUACGGCGAGGCCCUGUGCUUGCGCUUCCCGCAGCCCUGCGCCGCAGGCGAGCGCCUGCAGGUGCGGAUCACCUACCGCGUCGGCGAGGGACCCGGGGUGUGCUGGCUGGCUCCGGAGCAGACGGCAGGAAGGAAGAAGCCCUUCGUCUACACCCAGGGCCAGGCUGUCCUGAACCGAGCCUUCUUCCCGUGCUUUGACACUCCUGCCGUGAAGUGCAGAUACUCCGCUCUUCUCGAGGUCCCAGAUGGCUUCACCGCCGUGAUGAGUGCUGACGCCUGGGAGGAGCGAGACCCCAAUAAGUUCUUCCGGAUGAGUCAGCCCAUCCCUUCCUACCUGAUAGCCUUGGCCAUCGGAGAUCUGGUUUCGGCUGAAGUUGGACCCAGGAGCCGGGUGUGGGCUGAGCCCUGCCUCAUCGACGCUGCCAAGGAGGAGUACGACGGAGUCAUAGAGGAGUUUCUGGCAACGGGAGAGAAGCUCUUUGGACCCUAUGUGUGGGGAAGGUACGAUGUGCUCUUCAUGCCCCCGUCUUUCCCGUUCGGGGGGAUGGAGAACCCCUGCCUGACCUUCGUCACGCCCUGCCUUCUGGCCGGGGACCGCUCCCUGGCCGACGUCAUCAUCCACGAGAUCGCCCACAGCUGGUUCGGGAACCUGGUGACCAACGCCAACUGGGGGGAGUUCUGGCUGAACGAAGGCUUCACCAUGUACGCCCAGAGGAGGAUCUCCUCCAUUCUGUUUGGGCCCGCCUACACCUGCGUGGAAGCUGCCAGCGGCCGGGCGCUGGUGCGGCAGCACGUGGACGUCGCGGGCGAGGACCACCCGCUGAGCACGCUGCGCGAGGCUCUCUCUGCAGGGGUCGACCCAGACAACACCUACAACGAGACCCCCUACGAGAAGGGCUUCUGCUUCGUCUCCUACCUGGCCCACCUGGUGGGUGACCAGGGCCAGUUUGACGACUUCCUCAAGGCCUACGUGGAUGAAUUCAAGUUCCAAAGCAUCUUAGCUGACGACUUCCUGGAUUUCUUCCUGGACUAUUUCCCUGAGCUGAAGAAACAGAGGGUGGAUUCCAUCCCGGGAUUCGAGUUUGAUCGCUGGCUGGAUGCCCCGGGCUGGCCACCUUACCUCCCGGACCUCUCCCCCGGGGACUCGCUCAUGAGGCCAGCCGAGGAGCUGGCCCAGCUGUGGGCGGCCGAGGAGCUGGACCUGAGGGCCAUUGAUGCCGUGCCCACCUCUGCCUGGAAAACCUACCAGCUGGUGUACUUUCUGGAUAAGAUCCUGCAGAAGUCCCCGCUCCCUCCUGGGAAUGUGAAGAAACUUGGAGAGACGUACCCAAAGAUCUCAAACUCCCAGAACGCAGAGCUGAGGCUGCGAUGGGGCCAGAUUGUCCUUAAGAACGACCACCAGGAGGACUUCUGGAAAGUGAGGGAAUUCCUGCACAGCCAGGGGAAACAGAAGUACACCCUCCCGCUGUACCACGCCAUGAUGGCGGGCAGCAAGGCCGCCCAGACCCUCGCCAAGGAGACCUUUACCGCCACAGCUCCCCAGCUGCAUAGCAACGUGGUCCACUACGUCCAGCAGAUCGUGGAGCCCCUGGGCAGGUAGAGGCUCCCACCCCGGCCUCUGUAGACUCCGCGCACAGCAGCUGCUCCAGGUCAAGGCCCCACGAGGGCACCUGUUCCCUGACGCUGGACUUCUGCUCUGACGGGCCGGCCCUGGACCCAGCCUGUGACCAAGAACCUCCCUGCUCCCUGGGCUGGGGGUGGCAGGCCUCCCCGCCGCACUGGGGUCUCGGGAGAGCAGGAAGGGUUUUCUUUUUUCUUUCUUUUUUUAUUCUUUAAUUUUUUUUGCUGAUUCUUGAAAUACUGUGCCAAGGGCUGAUUUCUGGAGAUUCUUUUUUCAGGUUUAAUCAUUAUUUUAAUAAAUAUUUUUAAACGAAA